CUACUGACUAUGAAUAAUAUUAUUUCGAAAACAAAAUAAAUAUAUUCUUCAAAUAAUAAAUUCAUUGUUAAUGACAAUUAGACACGAAUAAAUAUAUAACAUAUCUGCACGAACAUAUCUACAAUGGGAAACGACAGUCUCAUACAGAUUACAUAUGAUGGAUACGUAAUUUGCAUGAAAAUGACGUGAAAUGUAUGUUAAACAUAGAAAUGUGAAUCUCAUAUAAACGAAUCAAAGUAGAUAAGGGAACCGAUAUUUGAAUUUUCAAAUAUUAAAAAGUUAUUUUAAAACAGCCUAUAUGCUAAUGUCCAUUCCACAUUCUGUGUAUCACACAACGGUCUAAAUAAAUGUCACAAAAAUAAUCAUCUAUAUCCACUAAAAUAUACUAUUGUCUAAUAACCUAAUACUACCUGACAAUUAAAUAGUUCCAGCAUGAAAGUCUUUGUCUUGGUUUAACAUCUUUUGUAACGUACAAUAUUCUUUUUUUUUUUAAAUAAGACAUUAUUCUUACAAAUGGAUUGCUAAACUGACCAAACGAACAGAACUUAGUUGAAACUAAUUCCGAAUUUCGAUAUAUCGAAUUAAUAUCGUGCAUGCGCUUUACAUACAUCCGAAGUUAACGUAGCGAGCAACAGGUAGCGUUUCAAACAUGGAAGGGUACUGCGUACGCAAGUUUCCCGCCGAAACUUAGUCUUACUGUCGUAUCAGAUGCAACGUUGAGUCUGUUUGGAAGAUGUUAAAAUUUAUUUAAUAAACAUUGUUUAUCAUAAAAUAUUAAACGCUAAACGAUGGAUCCGAGUGAAGUAGAAUUUCUCGGUGAAAAAGAAUUAGUCACCAUUGUGCCGAAUUUUAGUUUUGACAUGAUUCAUUUAAUUUCGGGAUCUGUGGGCCCUUUUCGAGCCGGUUUACCUGUGAAAGUUCCGAUUUGGUUGGCUGUAAACCUGAAGCAGCAACAAAAGUGUCGAAUCGUUAAUCAAGACUGGAUGGACGUUGAUGGCUUAAAUGAGACGAAGGAGGAAGAAAAGUUAUCCAAAUUGUUUAUAAAAAUGCCCAGUAAUCAUUACAUGGAAGAAGCACAGCUUUUACUGAAUGUUGGUAGUGAUGAUAUACCUGAUGCGGACAGAAUAAAAACAGCAGUGAAGGAUAUAUGGGACAUAAGAAUGUCAAAGCUCCGUACAUCAAUAGAUGCAUUCCUUAAAAGCGAAGGUUUACACGCUAAGCUGGACCAUUUAACUGCCAUGGAAAUCAACAGUGUUCGUCCAUUAUUGCCACAUGCUCUGGAUCAAAUGCUAAGGAUACAAACCAUAUCUGAUGGAAAACUGACACAAUCUCAUUAUAGUGGGACAUCACAAUAGACUGAUCACUAGAUGAUGUUUUCCUUUUUCAUGUAUAAUCUAUCGUAACUUCUAGAUUGUAAAUAUACAUGUAUAUAUUGUGUAUUGAUAUGAAGUAUUUAUAAUGCAUUUUUGUUGAUUUCGUGUAACGAAAUAAAGAAAAUGGGAAAUAAAA